ACUUGCAUGUGUCCAUUCCACUCCUAGCUUUGUUUCCCAACUAAGAGAGAAGUCUGAUUGUCAUAAGAAAGGUCUAAAGCCACAACUCCAAAAUGUCUGAUCAGGAAGAGUUUGAGGAAGAGAUUAUUGAGGAACCGGAAGAGCCUGAAGAAGUAAUUGAGCCGGAGCCGGAGCCGGAGCCAGAGCCACCGAAACCGGCGCCUCCUCCUAAAGUUGCUCCACCGCCAAGAGCUCCAAUGGUUCAGAAAGAGGCAAUUGUCAAAAGAAGUUGUAAGAUCUCAGCAUCACGCAAGCUCCACCUUAAGAUUCUGAUGCUGGGCAAAGCCAAAGAAGACCUAGAAAAAGAAAUAGCUGAACGAAAUGAAGAGAAGGAAAAAUUCCUUGCAGAACGUGUACCUCCACUCAACUUCAGUGGCCUUUCUCUUACUGAUUUGCAAAAUUUGUGCAAAGAACUUCAUCAGAGAAUUGAGAUUGUUGAUGAAGAAAGGUAUGACUUUGAGUUCAAAGCUGGCAAGAACAGCUAUGAGAUUCAUGAUCUGUCCCUGAAAAUUCUUGACCUUAGAGGGAAGUUUAAGCGACCCACUUUGCGCAGGGUCCGUGUUUCUGCUGAUGCUAUGUUGCGUGCCUUGUUGGGUUCCAAGCACAAAGUAUCUAUGGAUCUGCGAGCCAACCUGAAGUCAGUCAAAAAGGAUGAUGCAGAAAAGGAACGUAAUGUUGAGGUGAGCGACUGGCGUAAGAACGUGGAAGCCAAGUCGGGCAUGGAGGGUAGAAAGAAGAUGUUUGAUGCUGCUAACCAAUAAUCCGUGCGAGGCAUUUCCACUUCUUUGAAAGCAAAAAGAAAGAAAGUGUUCGCUGGUUUCUUUACUUGCAGUCCUGCAGUGUUCAGCAUGGCACAUCCUUACAUUAUAAAGUAUUUUAAUACAUGGUUUUAACGUUCACAACCACCUGCUGAGAUCCAUCCGCACUAUUAGACUUCUUAAAUUUUUGGUGACUAAUGAUAAAUUUUGACAAGGCUAUGUUCAAAAAUAACUUGCUGUCUUGUAACCAAAAAUGAACAGUAAAGUAUGUACUUAUAACUGGG